AUGUUUACGCUGGGCCUUUUUUGGUGCCGGGUGGUUUUGACCUCCACUGACAAGGUUCCUGCAAUAUGGAUCCUGGAGGACAUCGGGGACCGCAGCGGGCAGGCUGCCGGUUUUGCGUAUGUGCGCCUCAACACCGUCCUGCGGCUGGCCAAGAGUGCAAGAUCCAAUGCCACAGCGUCUGAGCAUGACAUGGUCAUGGUGUUCAGUGCAUGCCGGACCAGCUUAGGCUUCAACCACACUUUGCGCGCGUGCGCUGCUUUGAACCUCGCCGCCAUGAAGUUCUGCCCUCCGACUGCGAAAGCGGCGAAGAGCGUGCCGCCUGCGAAGCCGCCGCCGCCGAAGACACUGAUUGUCAGCAAAGCGAGCAGGUCACGUCCAGCGCUUGCAGCGGUCAUGUUCUGGUCCAGUGUUACCGGCAUGCUGAAGCUGCAACUUGUGAGCACCAUGCAGGCAUCAAGGGAAAAGCUAGAGAAGGAUCUGCUGGAGGCACGGAAGACGGAAGACCUGCUACAAAGAGAUCUUGCAGAGGCGAGAAGCGCCGAAGACCUGAUUAGAGAGCAGCUGGAAACAGCUGAACAAAAGAUCGCAGAGCUCCGCGGACAAAGCGAGAAAGCAGAGGCCGCCUUGCAGUCUGCGCGCGGCGAGAAUGAAACUGCAUACGAGCAGGCACGCGCAAAGCAAGACGAACUUGUUCAGGACCUGGAGCAGAUGAAGUUGGAGUUAGCUUCGGCCAAGACGGAGAUCGCAGAGGAAAAGCAGCAAGCCUUGAAGAUCGUCGUGAAGGCACGCGCAAAGCAAGAAGAACUUGUUCAGGACCUGGAGCAGAUGAAGUUGGAGUUAGCUACGGCCAAGACGGAGAUCGCAGUGCUGAAGCAGAACAACGCUAAAUGCGAUCAGGAAAAGCAGCAAGCCCUGGAGAUCGUGGACAAGGCACGCGCGAAGCAAGAAGAACUUGUUCAGGACCUGGACCGGAUAAACAAGGAGUUAGCUACAGCCGAGACGGAGAUCGCAGAGCUGAAGCAGAACAAAGCUAAGUGCCAGCAGGAAAAGCAGCAAGCCUUGAAGAUCGUCGUGAAGGAAGAGCAGAAGUCCCUGGAGAAAGUCCGGGCGGCCUUUGCAGCGAUCAAGGCUCAAAUGACGACAGAGCCCGGCUCGCCUGCAGCCCAGCCCGAGUCGCCUGCAGCCGAGCUCAGCCAGGACGAAUAUGUCCCCACGCAGGUGCCCUCGGAGUGCUCUUCCGGAGGUGAAGAUGACAAAGAGAAGGAAAACGAGAAGGCGAAAGACAAGGUGAAGGAAAGGGAAAAGGAGAAAGACAAGGAAAGAUACAAGGUCAAGGCCAAAAAGGCUGAGGAUCCCACAGCAAGAGGAGCCUCCAAAGCAAAGAAGCGAAAACACGGCUCAGACAGUGAGGAGGACAAGGAGGGGGAUUCGUCUGCCAGCAAAAAGCCUUCCAAGAAGAAGGCAGACUCAUCAGAUGGGCGGCAGGAGAGCCGCACAAAAGGUCAGAAGCACAAGUGA